AUGGCAGGAAUGAACAGUGGUGCCACACGAUAUGACAGUAAUAUCGGUUCCUAUGGUGACGGCCGCGGUGUUACCCGUGGGUUUACGCAACGAGACACAUCUGGUAUCACUGAGAAGCGAAUCUGUGUUGUUACCAUAUUGGACGCUGUUGACCUCACUUCAAUCAACCCGCAUGACCAUCACAACUUGAGUGAAAGCAAAGUGAGACUAUAUCCUUCCUUUCCCAGCCUUGAAGCCAUUAAGCGAAGGUUCUCUCGGUUGUUCACUUCACUCUUCCAAGUCAACAACUCCCCACCUGAGAGGAGUUUAAUGGUCUGGGAGUUGAGGAAUACAAAGACUCACGGCGAGAUGUGUAGUCUAACCAUGCUUUUGAUGAUCUCCAUGGUUGGCCUUCCGUAUAAGACCAUGCACUCACCUGAAACAAACUCCCGUGGAAAAACACAAGGAACAAGCGCCAGAACUCCAACGGAGCUUGCUUUGCCUCAGAAUUAUGCGAAGCUCGUAGAAGCUCGGAGAAUAUUCAUGGGAGCCCCGAUCAACUCAAUUCCUCCGGGGCCAAGGUCGGGAAAGGAAGAAAUGAGGAUUUUGCAUGGACAUCCCUGGAAUUCUCCCCGGAUUCAACAGGGGCCGCCAUGCCAGCGUCAAGCUUUUACUCCGCAUCCGGCAAAAGUUGAAGAGGAGAAAUGCAAUUGCGGAUGUUGCCAAGUGCGCAAACAAGACGCCAUCAUCUUUGGGGGCUGA